AUGGUGGAAAACGUGGUUAGAAUCGCGCGGCAGCACGCCAACUGGCCCGAGUUUUCUCGCUGGGUGUGCGCGCUCAUUCAUCACUACUGCACGGACGACUUUACGGUGUCUCUCUUCUCUGAGUUUGAGGUGCCGAAGGUCGCCGCGGAUGCCCUGCGCAACAAUCCCCACGACAGCAGGAGUGUCCUCGCUGCUGCUACUCUCUUAUCCCACUUCAACCUGUACGACAUCGGAGACGGUAUCACGCAGCUCACCAACGCGCUGCAGAACCACUGCAGUGAUGCCACUAUUGUCCGCAUCGUGACUCGUACGCUAGCAGAGUUCACUUCUUACUACAAAGAACUUCCUGACCGGUUCCCGCGUGUAAGUCAGGAGUUCGUCGACGCGAAAGGCAUCACUGUGCUGGAGGGAGUGCUGCACGAGCACAUUAAAAACGAAGAAAUCACCACGUACGUCGCGCGCAUCGCUGCAAAUGUUACCAGCUCUGGGGCGGCGAAUAUGGUCGACGCCGACUCUCCUGUCGUGAUGUACUUGGCGGAUGCGCUGGCUCGGUAUCAGCAGUCUGAAAUGCUGUGCGGCCACGUGCUGCGCGUGUUCAGCAACCUUCCGCGAUCUCGGUAUAUUGACUGGGAUUGUGUGUUGUCUCUCUUUAACAACACCAAGUCGGAAUUGGUUGUCUUUGAGUGCAUCCACUUUUUGUGCAGUGUCGCCAUCAACGUGAAGGAGAUGAAGGCGAAGAUUUACACCACCGGCUGUGUGCCGCGCGUGCUGGAGAUGAUGCGCGUGUACCAAGGCAACGCCGCCAUUCAAGAGGAGGUGUGCAGUCUCCUCUCGUACCUCUCGUUUGACUCAGAAACGAUCACGACGAGCAUCACGGAGUCGGGAGGCUUGCUGCUGGUACUGAACGCCAUGCGAAAGUUCCCAGACAAUGAGGACUUGCUCAUGUCGGCAUGUGCUGCACUGUCUGGGUUGACAUUCAACAACCAGACUGGUCAGCAGGUCAUUGUGGACAAUGGCGGUGUCGCUCUGAUUUUGGACUCCAUGCGUCGCGGCAAAAAGGCGCGACUGCAAGAAAACGGAUGCCUCGCUAUUGGCACUAUGUGCUGGAACAGUGAUCUGAAGGCGGAUGUGGUGCGACUGGGAGGCGUACAGGUGAUUAUGAAGGCCCUAGAGGAGCACUACACAAGCUCUGGCCUCGUGAAGAAUGCGUGUCGCGCUCUUGCGCAAGUCGCAUUCAACAGCGAGUGCUACCGCGAUGAGAUGAGCGCCAAAGGGGUGAUCACCUUUAUUAUCCGCGGGAUGGCGCAGCACCCGAACUACGACCGUGCACAAAUGCAUGGGUGCGUGGCCCUGUCGUACCUCUCGUGGACGAACGAGGACAACGCUGCUCAGAUCACGGCGAACCACGGCUACAAGGUGGUUGUAGAUGCAAUGCGUAACCACCCCAGCAACCACGAGGUGCAGGAGCAUGCGUGCCGUGCGCUGGCCAACAUAAGCAAUGUCUCCUUGACGGACUCCUUAGCGGCGUUGGAGCAAAUUGUUGCCGCCAUGCGUCGGCACGAGAACAUCAGCGAGGUGCAGGAGGAGGCGUGCCGCGCAAUUGUGACGCUGUCCCUAGUCUCGCCGUCAAACAAGGACCGGCUCUAUCAGCUUUUCGGGGCGGAUGCCGUAAUCGCAGCGAUGAAGCGCUUUCCGCAGAUUCAACUGGUGCAGCAGGAGGCGUGCAACGCACUGGCUCACUUGGCGUACGAGCACACUGACCUCAAUCGAGCUGUGACCCGUCUUGGCGGUGUCUCGCUGCUACUGGCGGCCAUGCGCACCCACAAAUCCAGUCCAAAGGUGCAACUCAACGCAUGUGGCGGCCUCAGCGCACUUGCGUUUGACAACACAGUCGCACAGCAGCAAAUUUUCGAGCUGGGUGGCGUACAAUGUGUGACCCACGCCAUGGACAACUUUGAGCGACUUCGGAUGUUGGAGCUUGGGUGCUCUGUGCUAGGGACGCUUGCGUGGAACACGGAAAUCAAGGAGCGGGUCGCUGUCGACGCCAUUCCAGAGAUUCUGAAAGCGAUGCGCACACAUAGCAACAACGCUCUUCUGCAGAAGUCGACCUGCCGUGCCAUUUCUCAAUUUGCCUUCAACUCUGAAAGCAAUCGGCAGCUACUCGCCGACUAUGGGGCGAUUCCGCUGAUUGUGAACGCAAUGCGGGCGCACUUGACAACGGAGAAGUUAACUGUGCAUGCACUCAAAGCUCUCACCUAUCUAUGUUGGGAGAACACACAGGUAGCCGAGACAAUAAUUAACGAGCGUAUCGAGGAGGUCCUGCAGCGCAUCAUCGAGCACUACGAGCAGACGCACCGGGUUUACAACGAGGCUGUGCACCUUUCCAAGAUUCUCUUUCGCAAGACGACUGGGAGCCCAAGCCCGAAUUUGCGAAUUGUGUCUCCACCCAUUGUGUCACCAAUGCCAAUACAGCAAACGCCGUGGUUGCGAUAUGAGAAUCCAGCGCCUCCCAGCCCGCCUCCUCAGGAGAACCCGGAGGACCAUUUCUACUCGGCGCCAUUGGACAGGCCGCAGGAAACGCCAUACCACGACUACGUCCACCGUCGCGAUGCUCCGGCAGACGACGACCGCGGGGGUUCGAGGAGCGGUAGGGGUGGUGGCCGUGGUCGCGGCGGCUCUCGUCGACGCGGUGGACCCCCAACCCGCGGUGGUGGUGGUGAGCGGGUCGGAGAGAGAGGGAGUGACAGAGGCGGUCGUCGCGGUGGCAGCGGAGGGGAUGUUGCCGUAGCUGGUGGCAACGAAGGCCGUGGACGCGGCGGCGGUGGACAUCAUGAGGACGCGAUGGAGAAGAUGCUGGACGCGCGGUUCGGACGUCGGCCAAACUACCGCGGGCGUGACGAGGGGCGCAGUGCACCCAGAGAUGCGACCGACUUAUGGGACGACCCGGACCCGGACUCGUUCCACGGAAAUCGCCACCUGGGGCAGAUGAACUGGCAGCAGGCUGAGUUGACAGCGUCUCUCAACGCCGACAUAGGUAUCUACGACACCCUGGAGCCAGCCAGACGAGGAGGCGCCAUGGAUCACAACCUUCAGCGCGGCGGCAGAGGCGGUUUGAGGCGCUACAGCGGCUACCGCGGACGUGGUCGUGGCCGCGGUGCCCCGGCAAGUCAGUGA